AUGAAGGGGAAAGGCAGCACAACCCUUGUUUACAAAUUGGCAAUAGCAAGUUCACUUUAUUACUUAUGGCUAGAGUGCAAUAGUAGGAAAUUCACACAGAAGAAGCAGCUAUCAAGCACAAUUGUUGGGCAUAUCAUUCAGGACACACAUGGAAGAGGGAGUAGAUAUCCUAAAUUAGCUACUAGGCUACAUGCUUUAAAUAUGCAUGUAUCGGUUGAUAAUGAUGGUGGAUCGUCAUAUGAUUUAGGGAAGAAAAACAAGGGAGGAAGUGGCCUCAAAUUGAGCUUGUGGAAGAGAGAAGACAAGUUAGUCAUGUCUUCAGAGAUAAAAGACUUGGAUCAAGAAAGAAAGAAAAAUACCACCAAGAAUGCUUGCAUCAAAUUAAAGUUGGGAGAUCAAAAGCAACAACCUAUACAUACUGAUUACAGCUCCAACAAUAUACCUAUUAGGGUUUGUACUGAUUGUAGCACUACUAAGACCCCUCUUUGGAGAAGUGGUCCUAAAGGACCUAAGUCAUUGUGUAACGCAUGUGGAAUCCGACAAAGGAAGGCAAGACGAGCAAUGGCAGCAGCAGCAAAUGGGAAAGCUGAUCAUCAAACAGCAAUGAAGAUAAAGGUACAACAACACAAACCAAAUAUAACAAAAGUUAGAACUAACAAUCAUGUUACACCCUUCAAGAAAAGGUGCAAAUUGGGUCCUUCUUCCUCUGGUACUAAUAAUGCACCAAAGAAACUUGGUUUUGAAGACUUGUUGAUAAACUUGAGCAACCAGUUGGCUUUCCAACAAAUUUUCCCACAAGAUGAGAAGGAAGCAGCAAUCCUCCUAAUGGCACUCUCAAGUGGCCUUGUUCAUGGCUAAUUAGUUAGACUUCUUUCAAGUGAGAGUUUGUGUUUGAGAUUAUAAUAAUUACUAGGAAGAUUAAUACUUAUUAAUUAUA